CGGGACACCACCUACCAACGGAACCUAACACGAGGGAGGGUCAGUAAUUACUGACACGUACCAAACAUCCAAUUCCCGUUUGUUCCUCUUAAAGCAACCUGUAAUCCACCCACAGGCGCUAGGAUUAUCUGCACGACAUUGAACCUCUAGAUCUGGGUCUGGAUGCUCUAUCCAGACUAAAAAGCUCACCAUGUCUUCCACCGUCGCAACGAACCCGACCCAGGAGACGAAUUCAGGUGCGUGCAAUCCCUACCCCUGCCAAUUGACGUGGAAAUGGAGAUUCGAGAACGUGUCCUAACCCAUGGGGCCUCGCUUCCUACUCGUGCAGGGUCGUCAAAAAAGAAGAACAACAAGAAGAAGAAGAACGCCAACAAGAACAAGGCUGCUGAGCAACCUGUUAGUGGUAGUUCAGACCCUCAACAGGGUUCAGAUAAAGAGACCCUCGAAGACGAGCCCGAGACACCCACUCAGCCCGAAACUCCAGUCAAUGCAGACGCAGUCAAUGCAGACGAAGUCGUAAACGAAGAAGCUCCUCCUGCCUACAGUAACGGGCAUGCCGUAGAGCCCAAGGCUCAGAGCAACGGGCUCACACCCCCUCCGGUUGAUGGCGAAAAGGAAAAGCCCGACGAUUCAGAUACCUCCGCCAAGCUAGAGGCCAUGAGCCAGGAACGAGAGGCCUUGCGGGCCGAGGUCGAACAGCUACGGAAGCAGCUCGAGAAUAUCCAAGAGACGCACAGCAAUGAAGUCACACAACUCAAGAGCGAUCUAGAGGAGAGCAAUGCUGCCAAGGAGAAUGCCGAAGAGGAAUACCAGACCCUUCUUGGUCGAGUUGAGAAGAUUAAACAGACGCUGAGCGACCGGUUCAAGCGUGACAAGGCAGAGCUCGAAGAAAGCAAAGAGCGUAUAGAAGAGCUCGAGGCAGAGAAUGAGGAACUAAGAAAUAACGCUGUAUCGUCUGGAGACGAUGUCGCCAAGCUAAAGGAGGAGCUACAAGAUGCGACCAGGGAGCUCAACACUCUUCGAAGUCGCAACAACCUAUCAGCACAAAACUGGAGCAAGGAGAAGGAAGAAUUGGUCCGACAUGUUCAACAUCUUAAGGAGGAGAUGGAGACCACCGCCAAUGCCAUGGGCGAAUGGGAAGUUAUCGCCAUGGAAGAGCGAUCCAUUAAGGAGAGCUUGGUUGACAAGGUCUCGGAGCUAGAGGAACAAGUUACUAUCCUACGACAAAACUACGAGAACGCCACUACAGAGCGAGAGAGCCAAACGACCCUUAUCGAAAACCUACAGAACGCCCUCCGCGAAAUCCAAGAUGCUCGCAAGAAGGAGCUUCGCGAUAUGGUCGAAACAACCGAGGCGCAAGUCCAAGCUCUCAAGAAACAGGUGCAAGAAGCCGAUGCCCGCGCAAAGGAAGCUGAAGAAGCCAAACAAACGCUCUCACAAGAGCUUGAGCGAACAGCGCCUUACGAGAAGGAGGUCAAGGAGAAGAACCUUCUCAUUGGAAAGUUGAGGCAUGAGGCGAUUGUGUUGAACGACCACUUGACGAAGGCACUACGGUACCUCAAGAAGACAAAGCCGGAAGACAAUGUUGACAGACAAAUCGUCACAAACCAUCUCCUCCACUUCCUCACACUCGACCGUGGUGACGCCAAGCGUUUCCAGGUCCUCCAAGUAAUGGCUGGCUAUCUCAACUGGACAGACGAGCAACGAGAGCAAGCCGGUCUCGCUCGUCCAGGCACAUCAUCUAAUUCUCUCCGCCUACCCAUGUCACCAUUUACACGCACACCAAGCUCACCAUCUCUCAACACCGAUCUCUUCAACGAGUCAACAUCGGCCAAAGACAAAGAGUCUUUGUCUGAGCUAUGGGCAAACUUCUUGGAGCGCAGCGCACAGGAGGGCGCUCUGGAAACACCAAGUAGGAAGGGUAGCACUAGCAGUGCUGCUACGGGACCAGUGAGGCCAGAGUCGACAAGGCCGGAGUCUAAGACUUAAUGUUGAAUGUUGGAAUUAUGAUGUGGAAAUUACACUAAAUGCAUGUAUGGAGUGGACACGGUGCAUGUUUCAGGGAGAGACAUAACGCUCGACUGUUACAAGAGAAAGGAUGAGAUAUGGUUUUCAUGGUUAUUCAAGCCAGGUUUCAACGGUCAUAGACCUCUAUGUAAGAAUAGCUCUGUUAAAGAAGGGUUGGGAUAAUACGCAGGAGGACGGAUUAGAUACUAUCGUCGUCUGCCGUUUCUCCACGCAAGGAGUGCAAUACAUUUUGUGCAUACCCUUCAGCGUCCCUCGUUAUGGUCGCCACGUCAAUGCGAUUAGUCAAUGCAUCGUUGACUCCCUCCACAACCUCCCUUUCCUCCAUGACCUCGCCCAUGAGGCGCACUUCGUGGCUCCAGUAGGCAUGGCUUCGUGAUCGAAGAUCUUCAUCGCGCAGCGCAGUGUUCUUGACAAUGCCGAGAGCACUAAGCUUGCUCUUCACGAUAAGGAGAGCACGGGAAGUUGCCUCGAUGCGCUCCACGGGCGAUGGAGGCUCGACGAAGGCGCGGUUUGUAGCAGAUAGAUAUAGAAGCCAGCCCAGAGCUGCAUCGAAAGCUGCGAGGGUGACGAGGCGCGCAACUCUAGCAGUCCAGUAAAAGAAGUCGACUUCUGACAGACGCAGAGCACGUGCGUUGGCUUGAUAGUUAUAAGAGUUGACAAAGUAGAUAUCGAGAGCGGCAAUAGUCAUAGCAGCCAUUGUAGCCUUUGGUCGCCAUUGGGAACCAGCUCGCCCCGUGAAAGUCGGACUCGUAACGAAAGCAAUGGCGAAGAGGUUCGCGAUAUGAGGCCACAGUAGUUGUGGUAGAGCAUAAUAGAAGAAUGUCUUGGGCUCUUCCGAAGUGCAGAACGGGCAGUUCGCGAGCACUUCAGGCCCAAAUUGCAAGUAUAGCAGCCGACUCUCCAAGUUGACAAAUCUGCCCCUCAGCGCUUCGUCUUGCUUCGUAAGAACAUUGUCAGGUCUUCCGACUGCAACACGGUUGAAUAGAACAUCGACUGGGAUCUGCAGGCGACUCUGGGUCGCAAGGAACACGUUCUCGGGUGCGAACGGCGGUAAUGUCUUGAGGAUGUAGCUGAUGAUUAAGAAGGCGAGGAGGGCGAGCGCAACGCGGACUUUGGGCGGUACGGGAACUAUAGGCGCAUGUCGGGCUUGCGAAGAGGCUUUGACGGAUCUAUAGUAUGAUAUGGCCUUUGGUAAAAGUAUAGGGCCAAAGAAUAUGAGGAGAGACCGGAGA